GCGCAAGGCAUCCAGACCCAACUUGAAGGUUACUGACGUGAGGCGAGUUCAAGGUCACUAAGACCGUGAACACAAGCAGUUGCCUGUAAACUGUCAUGAUCAAAGCUGAGUGUUUUAGCACAAGGCGUGAGUUCAUGGACGCGUUUGAGGGUUCACGGCCGUGAACUCAGCACUUCUCGUGUUUAAAAGCUGAAUUGCAAGAAAAGAGAAGGGAGAGCCACUUUUUGUGAGAGAAACACUUCUUCUGCAUUCUAGUGAGAGAAACAGAACCAAAAGAGAAGAAUGAGUUAGGGCUUGGAUACAAGGGGUUUAUGGGAAGAUUUCCCCAAGGAAAUCCCAGCUCAAGGUUGAAGAAGAGAUGAGGCAUCCCCACAAGAUGGUUUCCAACUUUUUAUCCUUUGUUCUUCCCACUUCUUCCAUGGAGUAGUCCCCCUCCCACUUGGGUGUAGUGAAACCCUAAACCCUACUAUGUAGUUCUUGUUUGUGGUUUGAAUGAUUGAUAUUGGGCAUUGUUCAAUUAAAUGUUUGAGAUAUUUUUCACCAUGAUUUGGCAUGCAUGUGCUUAGCAACUUAGGGGCUGUGCAUAUUUUGUGCUUAGCAACCUAGGGUUGUGCAUGUUUUGUGCUUAGCAUCCUAGGGUUGUACAGAAUUGUCCUUAGCACCUCUAAGUUUGUGCAUUUAGGUGCUAGUAAUCUAAUUUGCCAACUUAGCCUAGUUUAGAGAGGAAAAUCCCCCUUUUUAAAGGAGACUCAAUCGAGUUGGUUUUCCUUCCGCUUUCCAAGCCCCCUAAACUAGGUUGAGUUAGGGCAAUCCUUAAUAUUGAAUUGAACAAGUUGAUUGAGCGUGGUUAAAGCGUCCGACCUUAGAGUUGAGCAAGAAAGUAAGCCGAUUACCGAUUGUCUAAACCGAGAGGGUCGAGUGACACGACCUUUCAUCCUCACCUCGGUUUAGCAAUCGAGAUUGUGGUCCCCAACCACAUACGCUUUCUGCUGCGGUUCACGAUUAACGUGCCCAAGGCAAUCGUUCCAACCCACGUAGCAUGGUAACGGUUUAGGGGGAAGCAAAACUCAAGUGACUCUCCCACAAAAGAGUUUUCAAACCAAAUUACUUUUGCUUUCUUUCAUUUCAAUUGGAAAACGUAUAAACUAAAGUUUUAUCGCUAGAUAAUGAUUUCAACAACCGAAGUAAGGGUAGAUGGACCGGCCCGGGUCGAUAUAUAGAUACUUGCCCUAUACUACACCCGAUUAGCGUUUAAAAACUUUGGCUCUAAUUGGGGUUCAAUUGUAGUGUAGAUUCGAGCGAGUCAAGUUUUUGGCGCCGUUGCCGGGGACAACGGUCUCUUAUUCUGAAAAAGUUGUUGGUUAUUAAUCUAGCUUUUAAUUUCAAGUGUUGCAAGUGUGUGUGUGUUCUUUGCUUGUGCCAGACUUGGUGUUUUCCGAUUGUGUGUACGAGGUGCAUGACCCGGAGCAACCGGUGCUCUUACUACCACUUGACGAGGACAUUAACCGGACUCUCCGACUCCUAGCAAGGGAGAGAGAGCUAGCCGAGGCAAGGAGAAGGAGUCAAAGAGGGGGACAACAAUCGGGUCCCGGUGUUAGUGGAGAAGUAAGUGAAGAAGUGGAAGUUGAGCCCAUCAUUGAAGAGUAAAUGGCGGGGAACCAAAGGCAAGAUGGAGCCUCUCAAGCCCGCCAUAUGAAUGAGGAGGCGGGAGAAGAAGGAGCCCCGAGGACGAUGGGGUACUAUAUGGCCCCAAGGUCGGCGGACAUUCAAACGCCGAUCCUACAUCCUCCUAUGGCGGCAAACAAUUCCGAGAUCAAGCCGGCUCUGGCGACUAUGAUACAAAGCAAUGCUCUCUUCCAUGGCCAUGAGAGCGAGUCACCAGGAGAGCACGUGCAGAGAUUCUUGGAGCUCGUGGGGAGCUUGAAGAUUAAUGGUGUGUCGGCCGAAGUUUUGCAACUAAGUCUUUUCCCAUACUCACUCUCGGGGAAGGAACUUAGGUGGUAAACAAUCGCCCACCUCGGUCCAUCACCUCAUGGGACGACCUCCUCAACAAGUUUAUGGCUCGUUAUUGCCCACCUUCAAAGACGGCGGAGUGGAGAAAGAAGAUUACACAUAUCGAGCAAGAAGAGGACUGAACCUUGAGGGAUGCUUGGGAGAGGUACUCCGAUUACUUUCUUCAGUGCCCCCACCAUGGGUUUGAGGAACUAUUUCGGAUUGAAACCUUCUAAGGAGGCCUAAUGCAAUAAGAUAAAAUCCACAUU